AAAUAAGAUUUAUUUCAAAAUCAUCUCAUCAUAUCUGCGUGAGUCAUCAAGUGAACAUCAUCGAAUUGUGAAAUGGGUUUUUUCAAUCUUUUGUUGAAAACGUUGCUGACCAAUAUGAUCUCAUUAGAUAUACAUGAUGGUAUUUAAUAUUCAUACUUCUAUUGAUGGAUAAGUUCAAACUCUCAGAUAAACCACCUUUGCUGAUAGCUAAAGAUGGGGUCAGCAUCAAAGAGGAGUCUUCUUGGAAUACAAAGGAUAUUGUUAGUAAAUCAUCUUCUAUUUUUGCUGUUUCGGUCGAUUAUCACUGGCAAAACAAAUUCAUAUACUAUUCUGGAGUACCAGAUGGAGUCUUAUAUAGGGUAAAACUUCGAGAUGAUGGUGGUUUUACACCCAAAGAAACGAUCAUUGCUACUAGUCUUUUUGACUUUUAUCAAUAUGCUGUAGACUGGGUUCAUGACAAAAUUUUCUGGAUAGACUUACAGAAGAAUGAUACUUUGUAUGUUUCAAACCUUGAUGGAACAAUGGCAAAGACUCUUGCUGUUUUAGAUAUAAAUAGUAUAAAGAAACCGGUACUGGAUCCGUAUAAAAAAUAUAUUUAUUUUACUUCUUCAAAUGGAAUAGAGAGAAUAGGAAUGAACGGACGUGACAGAAAGGUUAUUUAUAGCGAUGUUUACUUCACUGCAACAGAUGUAGGUUCUGAUAUAGCUAUUGAUCUCCAAACUGAUCGGAUAUACUACAAAGAACAAUUGUAUGCUAGAAUUAGCUCGAUGAAAUCGGAUGGAAGCGAUAACAGACAAGAAUUGACAAAUGUGUACAAUUCUAAAUCUCUCACAUGUUAUCAGGGUAACUUGUAUUACCUUGGUAAAAAGUACAGCUUGGACACAUUUAUACGCUACAAUCCGUCAACAGGAACGACAACUGAGCAAGACCUUGGACAAAUUUUUUGGGAUUAUAAGAUAUACCAUCCAUUCGCACAGAUAUCAGGUACAAAUCCCUGUGACAGCAACAACGGUGGCUGCACUCACUUGUGCUUACCGAAUCCUACAGGAGAACCAGCGUAUACAUGCGAAUGUCCUGACAAAUAUAUCGAACAAGGCAAUUCAUGUGUUGAGUCCACCUAAUUAUAUUUCUUAAUUGUAUUCAUAUUAUUUUUGUCAUUCUAAACAAAUUAAAUAGUUACACAUUCGAAAA